AUGUUACCUUUACCUCUAUAGACACGAAAGAUGCCUAAAUUAGAAUAAAUGGAUUUAAUUGAACAAGGUUUUGGAUAAAAUAUGAGUUUAUACUCUGAAAUUCCUGUUUAAUUGUAAUAUUGUUAAUUCCAUAAGUAUAAUUAAAAAAAGGAUGAAUUCAUGAUUUUUAAAGAGGAUUACUCAAUUUACAUGUAUGCAAAAAAAUAAAAAAAUAAUUGGUAAAUUUACACAAGAGAUCCUUCAGAUUCAUAAUUUGAUAAAGAGAAUUUUGAAUGGAUAUUAAAAUUUGAAGGAGAGGAUGUAUUAAGUCUUUGGAAAAAGCCUAGUUAAUUGAUUUCAAUAAUAAAGAUUAUCCAUUGCAAUAAUUAUGGCGAAUCAUAUAAUCGAAUUCGUUUAUUGAUAACAAAUGGAAAGUUACAGAGCGUUCCUAUAGCAUUUGAUUUAGACAAUUAUCCAAAAGAUUGUGCUUAUAUAUCAACAAUUCCUCCAAUAUAUAAUUCAAAAAAAAGAGUAUGGUAUAUGUCGGAUUCAGAUAGAAUGUAAAAAGCAAGCAAAAGGAAUUUUUUAUUAGGUUUGCAUAACAAUAAAAAUGAAGAAAAACUACAGAUUCUAAAAAUGGGGAAGAUCUAAACAGGAGUAUUUAUAGUAGAUUUUAAAGAGCCUAUAAGUUUAGUGAUAGCUUUCAGUGUUGCUUUGGCUACAUGUGAACUAAAAUCAAGAAUAAAAAAUUAAUGA